AUGUGGCGACGUCGCGCUGGAUGCCGCCCUGGAGGUGCUGAUGGUGCUGAUGGUGAGGGAGUCCGACACACGGCAUGCUGGAGAUGGUCUCAUCAUCCACCGCCGCCCGCUUUCCUUUCCGCCCUCCACGAUCUGCAGCCAGCACCCACAGCAGCCAGCAAGUGGACGCGCGAGACGGGCUCCAGCCAGUCACAGUGCGCGCAUAGCGGCCGCACCCACCCCCCGGCGGCCUCCCACGCAGGCUCUGCUGGGCACUGCACCUGGCACCCGACACGCUAUCCGGCAGCGAGUGUGGGAGCAGAGCCAGCCUGGAGAUGGUGUCGUUCGCGCUCACUGGGCGCCGCCCCAGCGCAAAGCGACGAGGAAACCAGGCACUGGGCCCCAGGCAGAGAGGGUGGUCUGCGAGUCCAGCUUCACCCGGGGGCUAUCACCACUCCAGUGUCCACGAAUGCUGCCGCCGUGUCCGCCUACCGUCGCGGUUCGCCAUCGAAAGCAGACGAGGAAGCCUUGCACCAGCCCGAAUCCUGCCAGUCCUUCGGCAAGCCGCUGACCCUGUGGGCUCCAGCUGCGCGGCGUUAUCACCACCAGAGACGCCACAAACGGCCUCCCAGUCUCCUUCUGGAUCCGACUCCAGCACUGGUGCGAUAG